CUGUAAUAUUUUCUAGAAACUUUAGUUUCUAUCUAUGUGAACGCUGUGUGUAUAGGAGCGAGAUUUCAGAAUGGCGACUGUCUUUACUUAGAAGAGUACUUAUUCCCGCCCAGAUAUUGUGUAAUUAACGUGUGUCUUUGAACAGUUCCAUGUGUUUUUUGUCGCGAAUUCACUAAAAAUGAUAAUAGAGAAUCCGGAUCAAUUCAAGGCGUGGCUCACUGCCGUCUUGGAGCCGCUUUGCGAUGCUGAUCCUGCUGCACUAGCAAAAUAUGUAUACGCUCUGGUUAAGAAAGAUAAAACUUUGGAGGAAUUGCGAGGUGGAAUGGUUGAACAACUUGACGUCUUUUUACAACAAGAAACCAAAAACUUUGUAGAACUGCUGUUCAAAACAUUGGAAACUCAAGAAUAUAUACUUCCACCUGCAAAAAAUGAUCCAGAUGGCGGUGGGACACCACCUGGUGUGAAUCCACCACCACCUCCAUUAGCAACUGAAAAAAUAGCCGAAAGUACAAUUCCUGUCACAUCGAUCAAUACAAACCCUCCAGUUCCCCUCCAAAUAAAUGGAUCUGCACCUAUGUCAAUAGGUAAACGUGAAACUAGAAAAUCAGAUUCUGAAAAAGUUGACAAAGAAAAAGAGAAACGUUCACGAAGUCGUGGUCGAAUGAGAUCCAGGACAAGAUCACGUUCACGUUCAUGGGAAAGAGACAGGCGUAGGUCCAGAAGCAGGGAGCAUAUACGUCGUGAUAGAGAACGUGACAGGAGUCGACCGUGGAGAAAUGAAUCGCCACCAAACACAAGACGACAUGAUAGAAGGCGAAGCAGGAGUCGUAGCACGUCACCUAUACGACCGAGAAUACGAGACGGUCCAGACAAUCGUGACCAUCGAGCGCGAUUUAGAAAUAGGUCGCCAACCCCUCUUCGAUCAAGAUCUCGAUCACGAUCGUUAGAUCGGAAAAAAGUAGACCGAUCUGACAGGAUGGAUGUGGACAGAACAGAUAGGAUCGAGGGUAGCCCUGGUGGAGGUACCCCAACACAAGACAGUAAUCAUGGAGAUGUAGACAUGAGAUUGUCUACUACUAGUCAGUCAAUUCAAAGCGUCGUCGCUGUCGCUUCUAAUGUACCAAAUAACCAACCAGGAUUCCAAGCAAAGAGGAGAUGCAGAGAUUUUGAUGAAAAGGGAUACUGUAUGAGAGGUGAUCUAUGUCCUUACGAUCAUGGUACAGACCCAGUUGUAUUGGAAGAUGUAGCUUUAAGUCGUGUUUUGACUUUCGGUCCACAUAGUGCGCAAGCACCAGGGACCGUACCUGUAACGGCAGUACCGGAACCACCUCAAGGCCCUAAUGGAAAUGCCCCGCCACAACACCUCCCUCUUGCGAGUUUACCUCCGCCUCAUUUACGAAAUCAACAUCAUUCUAAUAUGGCAAUUUUCACAGAUGCAUUUGCAGAAUAUAAUCCAGAUGCGCCAAGUAUGGAGCCUCGAAUGCCAUGGGGAAGACAUCCUCAACCGGGACCUGGUAUCUAUGGAAGGGGACAAAGAGAACUGAUUAGCGUGCCAGUAAUUCCACACACGAAUUCAUCAGAAAUUACGCAUACUCAAACGAAUCCUUUAAAGCGUAAACAAGCAUUCGAUUUCAACCGUCUUGGACCAAAACAACGAGUGGUGCAUAACCCGGCUAACUGCUCUUUGGAAUUAAAAAAGGUUCCUCGUAUCGUGAACAACAUAACCCAAUUGAAUAAUCACUUCUCCAAAUUUGGUAAAAUUGUAAAUAUCCAAGUUAACUUCGGCGGGGACCCCGAGGGAGCAUUGGUUACCUUCCAGCUACCAGCUGAAGCGAAGGCUGCUUACAGAAGUACUGAGGCUGUGUUGAACAAUAGAUUUAUCAAAGUGUUUUGGCAUAACAAUGUUAAUAAUAACGCAUCUGGUGGCGCCAUUGAAAAUGUACCCCCAGGCUGUCGUCCUUCCGUAAAAGAACGAUUGGGUGCUGCUGUAACUACACCAGCGAAAACUGAAGAUAACGAAUAUAUUCCUACUCGUCGUUCAACCGAGGAGCAGCAGGUCACGCAAAAUUUGGUCCCGACAUCCCCGAAAACUACUACUGUUCCUACUAGGGAAGAAAAAGUUCUUGCAAUAAAAAAGACACAAGAAAUUUUAGCCGCUAAGGAAACCUUAAAGAAGAAACAAGAGGAAAAACGUAAAGAAGCAUUAAAAUUAACCGCUGACUUACGUAAAAGGAAACAGGAAUUAUUAGACAAGCAUUUGAUAGAAAUACGAGCAUUGAUUGAUAAAGCUGAAAAGAAUCCCGAACAAAAGGAUGCCAUCAUGGCAACGAUAAAGACUAUGCAACAGUCCAUCGACAAUUUACGGAAAGAUUUAGCCGCGAACGGCCAAAUCGGCGGAAACAAGACUCAAGUAAAAUCUAGAGAACAAACUCAGAAAGAGAUCUUGGACGCCGAGUUAGACCUGAUGACUGCGCAACAAGAGGGACAAGACGCCGGAGAGUUGCAGAAAAGACUAAACGAACUACGAGCUCAAGCUGCUGCAUUGGGUCUGAAUGCAGGUCCGGCUGUCGGUAGGGGUACAAGAUCAAGUAGAGUUAUACGAGGUGCCCACGCGAUAUCAUAUAGGGGACGUGGUAGAGGGAGCUUUGCCCAUGUUUCGGUAGAUCACAGACCGACGAGUCUUCUAGUCUCUGGUUAUGAAACCGAAGAAAAGGCGGAAGUUUUAGCGCAUUUUCAACAAUUCGGAGAAAUAGUGAAUCAAAUAGUGGAUGACGCAACGCCUUCAAUUGUGAUUAAUUUCAAGUCAAGAAAAGAGGCCGAGGUGGCUUUAGUAAAGGGACGCACAUUUCAGGAUAGAUUACUGUCUAUUACAUGGGUCUCCGGGCAUCAUUUACAUCGUGGCGGAGGUGGUAGCAAUACAAACUCAUCUGUACAACUUUCUUCGCGUUCUGAGCAAGCACCGCCCACCACUGACGAAGAAAUUGAUUUAGAAGGAAACGCAGAAGCAUUACUUCUCGAAGAAAACGAGGAAGAGGAGGAUGAAGAUGGCGAAUCGCGUAGCUGGCGGCGAUAGCAGCGUCAGCGUUGUUCGUGACAAGAACUUAAUACCAGCUACAAUGAGUGUGAUGAUCUGGGCGAAUCAAUACAUGCUCAGCGCCUGCGCCACUGCUGCACCGUCGUUUGAUGCAUUAAAUGCCAUGGUUUUCACGAAAAAGUCAGGUUACAAGCUCAUACACGUUAUCAUGAGUGUUACACUAUUUGUUAAUAUUAUUAAAUAUAUGCGUGUGCGCAUUAUAACGGUAUAAAAAAUGAAGAAAGUAUAUACCGUAACGAAUUGCGUGUCACAAAAUAGAAAACUGAUAUGCAAGUUUCCAACAACAAACAAAACAAAAAAUUAACCAAAUUUAUCCCAUUAUUUGUAGAAUAAAAUCGCUAUGUUUUGUAUGGGAAACAUCUUAUUCUGAAUUCGAAGUCCUUUUUCUUUCACGUAUAGAAUUAUGACAAAUUGUCGUCUAUUGUUAUUUCUUUAAAAGAUAUAAGUCUAUAACAAACAGUAGCCAGACUUUUAGGAAUAAGUAGAAUACUUAUAAUUUUCAGAAGUUUUACAAUCGAAAGUGAGGAAACUAUAUUUAUAACUUGUAAGAUACAAAUACAAUUUAUUAUAACUACUACAUAAGAUAAUAGCGUACAACGCUUCGAAGUAGUGUAAUUUUUUUGGUUUUUCUUUCUCUCUCUUUUUUUUUACUUUCACUUGAUGUAAUAUUUAAAGAUUGUUCCUGUAAUGAUGUACAGUGUAAUGUAUAAUUGUCAUGAUUUCCUUUUAUCAAUUGUCAAAUGAAAACUAAGUUGAUUAGAAUUGGAAAACAAAGCUUAUUCGUGCAUAAUUUUACACUAGUUGUUUUAAUAUACACUGAAAAAUAGUAAUAUACAUAUAAUUGUUACAUGAAAAUUUUUAAGAUUAGUUUCCAAGGUAAGUAUUAAAUUCUGCAAUAAACGCGGCACGUAUACAUUUUACGUGAAUCUUAGAAAAAAAAAUCACAGACUAUGUUUCAACAUCGUCAGCAUUUCGUUAUACAUAUAAAUAAACUUAUUUGAUACAUUUUGAAAAUAAUUUUGAGUAAACACCUACCCAGUAUUUCGUUAAGUAUGCUACUUUUUCAGAAUGAAAAAAAUUAUAAAUAACAUAAAUAUGAUUUGCAUAAAAUUCUCUAAAGACUUGUAU